CCGUGGUCAUGGCGACCCUGGGAGCUGCCUUUCACAAUUACGUCAUCCUGCGCGACAGGCGGCUUCAAGGCAGCCAAAGGGUUCAAGAUGGCGUCGGGAAGUGGGUCUAAGAACGUAGAUUUUCGUCGGAAGUGGGAUAAAGAUGAAUAUGAGAAGCUUGCACAGAAACGGAUCACGGAAGAGAGAGAGAAGAAAGAUGGAAAACCACUGCAGCCCCCGGUUAAGAGAGAACUGCUCCGACAUAGAGACUACAAGGUGGACUUGGAGUCUAAGUUGGGGAAGACCAUUGUCAUUACGAAGACGACCCCACAGUCUGAGAUGGGAGGUUAUUACUGCAAUGUCUGUGACUGUGUGGUGAAAGAUUCCAUCAACUUCUUGGAUCAUAUCAAUGGCAAAAAACAUCAGCGGAACUUGGGAAUGUCCAUGAGAGUCGAGCGCUCGACGCUGGAUCAAGUCAAGAAGCGCUUUGAAGUGAAUAAGAAGAAAAUGGAAGAAAAACAAAAGGACUAUGACUUUGAGGAAAGGAUGAAGGAACUGAGGGAAGAGGAGGAAAAAGCAAGAGCCUAUAAGAAAGAAAAGCAGCGGGAGAAGAAACGGAAGGCGGAAGAAGACCUCGGCUUUGAAGAAGACGAUGAGAUGGCUGCUGUCAUGGGUUUCUCAGGGUUCGGUUCCUCCAAAAAGAGUCACUGAUCGGACUUGAAAGCAGCAGCCGUCCUAUUACCAAGCAGCUGAUUUUUUUUCUCUCUCUCUAUAGAAAUUGUCUUUUUAUAUUGAACCAGAGCAUUUAUUUUAUUUUUUUUUAAAUAGAGCAAGCCUUCUCCCCCAGGCAUUGUUAUCACUGAGCUGGAGAUGAUGUGAGAACACUGAUCUAUCAAACACUUGUAAUGACCAAAACUGUGAAUCGAUAGUACACAAACGCCUGUUUACUCACAAACCGUAUAAUAACCUCUUAAUGCUGGGAGACGAUGAUCUCGCAUCUCAAGAGCCAUUUAUAUAAGGGUAGGCUGCACGUCUGGACAAGUCCUGCAUAGCCAAUUCUAUUUAACCCAACAUGUAGCACGUGGGAAAGCUGCCCUCCUUCCUCCCACAGACCCUGGUGUCUGAUUGCCACGCGGCUGCAGCUUCAUCGCAACGUGCGCUAACUGCACAGGAGAGGCAACAUACCCAUGCAUCCACCAUAAAGCUCUGGAGAAGUCCUUUUAUACGUCUUUGGUCCCAUAAAUAGGAAAUGACUUUCUUUACAUGAAAAGUUUUACUGCAACAUCCACAAAUAGUAAAAAAAAAAAAAAAAGAAAACAAUGUGAACUUGGCAGUACUGAACGUGGGAAGACACUUUACAGUGAAGUGUCUGUUCUGAGGGUUGGUUGCAGGACGCUCUAGAAGAUUAAAGUCCACUUGUUGGACUAUAGAAUUGCGUAUGUUUAAGGACAUGAAAUACAUAGACAUUUGUCAUCGUACAGUGUCAUUUUCAUAUUAAAUCUUUGCGUGUUUCACAGUUGGGGGCUACGAAAAGGCUUGGUUUCAUAUAAAAAGACUGUUUCAUUGAUUAAAUAUGACCACGGUAUGUCCUGCUCGCAACCACUGCGUUUGGGUCUCCGGAUACGGCCGUGUACAGGGACCUGCUGCUCAUUUUCUCUCCGAUACCUGCUGGUAAUGGUUUCGUAGGGAGCAACAACUGGGUCACCGCCAGAACCGCUGAAGGGCUUAACGAGUCUAUUUAAUUUUUAGUUUUUUUGUAAUAUCUUUAUGAAAAACAUUUUUCCUUCUUGACAUCUCAGCAACUGUCAUCAAAGUGCAUAUCUGGACACUGGUUUGCUAGUUUCUUAUAACCUUCUAAUGUGUAUAAAUAUUUUUCCACUUCUCUCUCUUUUUUUUUUUUCUUCUUUUUUUUUUUUUCUUCCUCAUCUGUUGAGUUUAAAAUGAAAUGAGAGGCAAAAACAACCUUAAAUUAGUUGGAAAUGACCCGUGUCUUCAGCAUCCAUGCCCCCACAAACACACUUUAAAAUAAAUUCAUUGCCACUGUCA